AUGGGCAUCCUCGGCGGCUGGUUCGCCUCGGACGACGAGAAGCGCAAAGAGGAGGUGCGCAGCGGCGCGCGGGCACCCGAUCGCACGGAGCGCAAGCAGUGCUGGGAGGCGCGCGACGGCUUCUACAGGUGCCUGGACAAGCACGACGUCACCGACUCGCUCAAUGGCGAGGGCAAGAAGACGGCCGACAAGCACUGCGCCGCCGAGAACCAGGCCUUUGAACAGAACUGCGCGACCGCCUGGGUCACGUAUUUCAAGAAGUACCGCGUCGCCGAUCUUCAGAAAAAGCAGAUGCUCGCGCGCUUGGAGAAGGAGGGCGCGAAUAAGGUACAGGGAGAUAUGCCCAUUGGGAUGGCGAAGAGGUGA